UCUCUGAGCGUGACAUACGCGUUUUGAGACCCAUUCUGUCUGUUAUCUCGCAACUCAAAGCUUCAUGAUCUUUGUUCAAUCUCUCUGCACAAAGAGACAUAUAUAUAUAUAUAUAUAUAUACCCAAUAUACGUAUAUAAUAAUAAUAAUAAUAAUCUUGUUUUCCAUAAGUAUCUCGUCUCUCUGAGUACAUCCUUCAGAUUCGACCAUGGAUAUUGAAAACAAUCCAUGGUUUCAGCUUCCUCUGCUCUUGCUCUUCUUUUGUCUCUGCAGCUGUCCGUCUCUUGGAGCUGACACCAUAGCCGCAAACGAGACUCUCUCGGGUGAUCAAAUCUUGGUCUCCUCUGGUGGGAACUUCAAGCUGGGAUUCUUCAGGCCAGGUAAUUCCUCCUUCUGGUACGUCGGCAUCUUGUACAACAAAGUCAGUGUCCCGACUGUAGCUUGGGUGGCCAACCGGGAGAAACCGAUCUUUGAUCGGUUUUCUGCUCAACUGAAGAUUUCAGAUGGGAAUCUUGUGAUCGUCAACGGUUCCCAAUCACCCGUGUGGUCGACAAAUCUCACCUCACCCGGUUCGAGCUCCGUGAAAGCGGUUCUUAGCGUUGAUGGGAACUUUGCCUUGAUGGAUGGGCCGAAUUCAUCUCAGAUCAUAUGGCAGAGCUUCGACCACCCCGCAAACACAUGGCUCCCCGGCGCUAAACUCGGGAUUAAUAAGCGCACAAACACGAGUCAGCUCCUCACAUCAUGGAAGAAUGAAGAGGAUGCUGCGCCCGGUCCUUUCUCCCUUCGGCUGCAACCUUCCAGUGAGUACUACAUAUGGUGGAAAAUGUCGGAGAAUUACUGGACCAGUGGACCAUGGGACCCUCAAGCCAGGAUCUUCAGUCUGGUCCCGGAGAUGAGGCUGAACUACAUAUACAACUUCAGCUAUGUGGACAACGAAAACGAGAGCUACUUCACUUACUCGGUGUAUAACAAUUCGAUCCUGUCGAGGUUUAUAAUGGAUUUCUCCGGGCAGGUCAAGCAAGAGUCGUGGUUGGAAGGGACCAAGCAGUGGAACCUUUUCUGGUCACAGCCCAGGCAGCAGUGUGAGGUUUAUCGGCUCUGUGGGCCCUUCGGGGUCUGCAGUGAGAGCACAGAUAACUUCUGCCACUGCUUGCACGGUUUCACUCAGACCUCUCCCAACGAAUGGAACUUGAGCGACUGGUCUGGCGGCUGCAGGAGAACUACCAAUUUGAACUGUGGAACCAACACAACUGUUAAUUCGCAGAAAGAUCGUUUUCAUACCUUGUCUUACAUAAAACAGCCUGAUGAUCCACAGAUUCCCGAGGUUGGUAGCGAAAAGCAGUGUGAAGCAGCUUGUUUAGGCAAUUGCAAUUGCACGGCUUAUGCUUACGAAGGCAGCACAUGUUCAAUUUGGAUGGGGGACCUCUUCAACGUGCAGCAAUAUAAUCCGGGAGACAGCAAUGGAAAGACCUUGUAUCUUCGUCUAGCAGCUUCAGAGGUUCCCGACUCACCUAAGAAAAAUAAUACCGGUAUUAUUGCGGGCUCCGCCGGAGCAGCAGCAGUUGCUGCUAUAUUGGUGAUUGUCCUUCUUGGAGCUUGGAGGUGGAGAAGUAGGGGUGGGCGGACAAAGUCUGUGGAGGGCUCGUUGUUGGCGUUUGGGUACAGAGAUCUGCAGGCGGCGACGAAGAACUUCUCAGAGAGGUUGGGUGGGGGAGGUUUUGGUUCAGUCUUUAAGGGAAUUCUGCCCGACUCAACCAUCGUAGCUGUCAAGAAGCUAGAGGGUGUGAGCCAAGGAGAGAAGCAGUUCCGAACAGAAGUGAGCACGAUCGGGACAAUCCAACAUAUGAAUCUUGUGAGGCUCCGAGGAUUCUGCUCCAAAGGGAACGAGAAACUAUUGGUUUAUGACUAUAUGCAAAAUGGAUCUUUAGACGCCCAUCUCUUUUCCCAAGAGUCGAAUGUCCUAGUUUGGAAUACGAGAUACCAAAUUGCACUAGGAACUGCAAGAGGAUUGACUUAUCUCCAUGAAAAGUGCAGAGAUUGCAUCAUACAUUGCGACAUAAAGCCCGAGAACAUCCUCCUGGAUUUGGAAUUCUGCCCAAAAGUGGCUGACUUCGGGCUCGCAAAACUCAUGGGCCGAGAAUUCAGCCGCGUCCUCACCACCAUGAGAGGGACGCGGGGCUACCUCGCUCCUGAAUGGAUCUCAGGGGUGGCAAUAACUGCCAAGGCUGACGUCUACAGCUAUGGGAUGAUGCUUUUCGAGUUUGUCUCAGGGAGGAGAAACUCUGCGCAAUCUGAUGAUGGGAAAGUGCAGUUCUUCCCAACAUGGGCUGCCAAAAAGCUCACUGAGGGAGGUGAUCUCCUUGAGCUUUUGGACCCGAGAUUGGGGAGGGAUGCUGACAUGGAGGAGCUUACCCGGGUGUGCAGGGUGGCCUGCUGGUGCGUGCAGGACGAGGAGCGUGAUCGACCUUCGAUGGGACAGGUGGUUCAGAUCCUUGAGGGGGUUCUGGAUGUUAACAUGCCUCGAAUCCCACGGUCGCUCCAAGUGUUUGCUGAUAAUCAAGAACAAAUUGUUUUCUUCACGGAGUCAUCCUCGUCGGGACAGAGCUCACAUGCGAAGAGCAAUACCUCGACCGCUUCCUCUCAAAGCAAAAGCACCACUUCAACGAAUUCCAACACGGAAGCAGGCAUGAGCUAGGGGCAUUUCGAUUGAUUUUCUUUUCUUUUCCUUUCUCGAAAGCAAUGCAUUUACGCUCUGGUAUCGAUCUAUUGCUUGUUUGCUCUGCAAGAUGUACUGUAGACUGUAGUUGUGGUGAUGAAACACGGGAUUUGGGCAUAUCCUGGUCCUCCAUAUUAUUACUAGAAGAAGAAGAAGGGGAAUGAUAAAGUGAUGGAAUUGUCUAUAGCUUGAUUAGGAAUACAAAUUUAUCUUUUCGAUAUUUCUCUCUAGCCUCGGAGGAUCAGAUGGAACCCGUCAGUUCUACCAUUUUGGUGUUAUACAUUGGCCCGAAAUGCACUGUUUAGUAGAAGUUUCUGUUAUA